ACCUGUUUGUUAACAACUGAAAAUAAGAGUGGGCGUAGUGUCGUUUUAUGAAAGAUAAGUUUCUGAAAGGGUUUCUUGCAUUCUGACAAUGGACAUUAUGAUUGUGUUAUAUAAUUUACUAGUUUUGUUUGGGCUUUCAAGAUCUGCUGAUGGAGAAACACAAAAUUCCCAUGGAGUAAUUUUACAGCGGCUGAAAACUUUGGAAAGUAAAGUUUCAGAACAAGAAAAGCUUAUUUCAGAACAGCACGAAAUAAUAUUGCACCAGUCGGAACGGAUCACUGCGCUCGAACUAUCAAACCGAAAGGGACCAUUCGAAAAUAUCAAAGACGAACGUUUGCAAGAGGGACCUGUGGUAUCAAAGCGUUUCGUUCUGGAAAACGAAGGCCCAGUCGCUUUUACAGCUGCAAUAAAACCAUUACUUAUUGCGCAUGUCAAGCACAUGGAGACGAUCAAGUUCGAAACAGUUAUCACCAGUAUUGGUGGCGGGUACGACAACCAGACAGGCGUGUUCGUGGCUCCAGUUUCGGGUAUCUAUGUCUUCAGCUGUUCACUACUGGACCACAUGGGACCAGAAGUUGGAGUUCCAAACAGCGCCAUGCUUCAUGCCGAAAUCGUACACAAUCAACGCGUCCUCGGAAGAAUAUUUGCUCAUGCCACUGUGACAUACCGUGACCAAGGAGCACAAACUUUAUUUGCUCAGGUAAGCCAAGGUGAUCAGGUAUGGGUGCGAACGAUAGACAAUCAUGAUCUUGGACUUGGCGGAGAACUAUAUUCGACGUUUUCUGGUUAUCUUUUACAAGCUGUAUGAUAAUUUGGAAAUGAUGAUCACAAUUUUCCCAGUACAGGAUGAAAUAAUCGAUGAAAAUAUUAGAUAACGCCUAAAUAAAUUUUCACAUUGAUA